GGUGAUAUUUAAAUGCUCGAAUAUCCGAAAUUUAUUUGAAUAUUUACAAGAUGAUAGUCACGUAAAAGUUACAAAUAUAAAUACAAAAAGCAUUCGAAAUUUAUUUGAUUACUUGUAAGAUGUAGUAGUCAAAUAAACAUUACAAAUUUAAAUAUUGGAAUAUCAAGGUAUUCAAAUAUCUUAAUACUCGAGUAUCAAGGUAUUGGAGCAUCUUGCUAGUCAAAUAUCUGACAAGAUACGAUAGUCAAAGAUUCGAAUAAUCCUCGGCCCCACUCCGAAGUUAAAGUACACUCCGUGUGAAAAGCUGAACGUUCGACGCGAAUUAAUUCGCAAAGGCGGAUCCGAAUUUCAGUAACGGAUCCGUAAUUUUCCGUGCCCCGGCGCUUCCUAUCUAACCUCCAACCGAAAAACUGCCUCGAAUUCCAUUCGGUGGAAACAUUUUACUAGUUUGUUACGAGCACCGAAGAAAAUUUUCUUCCGACUUGUUGCGCCGACAUGGUUCACGUGUAGGAAGCACGGUUUUCUGGAGUCAUGAAAGCGUGUUACGUUCGUCGGACAGUAGUGGUAGUACAGUCGUUUAAAAUUUCCAUUUAUGUGGCACACUAUCGCACACACGUCGGCUCGCGAAUACGUAAAUGUCAGUCGUACGGCUGAGCGUAUCGAUGUAGGUAUGUAACCGGGCGCAAUCAAGCAAUUUGAAACAGAAGCGACGAAAAGUUGUCGUACCAGCGCCUGGUUUUUCAAAUAAACAGUUAGUGCAUGUACUUACAAUGGAGGGCCACCAGGUAUGGGCGUUGUACGACUUCACAGGGGAGUCAGGCACAGCUGAAUUGUCUAUUAAAGCAGGAGAAGUCUUGACUGUCAUGAGAGAUAACGUGGGUGACGGAUGGUACGAAGGUGUCAAUCAGGAUGGAAAGUCUGGGUUGUUUCCAGCAGCUUACGUUAAGGCUGUUACCAACGAGGCAUCCGUUUCAAAUGCCAUGACGUCAUCCCAGCAGAGCUCUGGAGACUACUGGGACGACGAUUGGGACGACGACUCCGAAGUUAGUCAAACCCAGGCGUACGUUCCUCCUCAACAACAGCAUAUGAUACAAUUAACGCAACAACACAGUACCACCGACUACGGGGAUUCAGUUUCCAUGCAAGCUAUCCAUUCUGUGAUACCCGAAAGGCCUAUACCGAAUAUACCAAAGAAGAACAAUAAAUUUUCUACGUUGAUAAAGUCUGGAGAGGAUAGUUAUUUAUUAGGGACGAGAAUAACGAAUGUUCCCGAAAGCGAGAAAGUGUAUAUCGAGGAAUUCGAUGGAAGACGUUGUAGAUGGGUUUACAGAGGAGAUCCUUACAAGUGUAUAAUCACGUCUCCCAAAAAGGAGUCUAAACUUAAGGGACUUAAAAGUUUUAUAGUUUAUCAACUCACGCCUACGUUUAACAACAUUCAAGUUUCGAGGAGAUACAAGCACUUCGAUUGGCUGCACGAACGUCUGGAAGAGAAAUAUUGUUUCAUUCCUAUACCUCCGUUGCCAGAUAAACAAAUAGCGGGAAGAUACGAGGAGCAGUUUAUCGAACACCGACGUACACAGCUGCAGGAGUUCGUUGAUUACGUUUGUAGGCAUCCUGUGUUGGCGCGCAGUCGUGUCUGGGAACAUUUCAUGACGUGUACGGACGAGAAGAGGUGGAAAGCCGGAAAAAGGCUAGCCGAGAAGGACGAAUUGCUAGGUGUAAAUUAUUUCAAUGCCGUACAGUGUCCCGAUAUUCCUUUGGAUGCUAUCAAAGUGGAGAUUCAAAUAGACGCUUACAGUAGAUUCAUAAGUGGGCUGGAUCCGGUAGUCAAGAACUUCAUGGCCAUGGCUGUGGACCAAACGAAGAAAAACCAAGUCUUGUACAAGAGAGAAUUUCAAAAAAUUGGUCAAUCGUUCAUCUCGUUGAGCCACGCUUUGGAAGGCGACGAUAAAAGUCGGGGAGGAUUGACUUACGCGCUGAAAAUAACCGGCGACGCUUACAACGACAUAGGAAAAUUAUAUGAGGAACAGCCCAAGUUCGAUUGGGAACCUCUUGCUGAUAAGUUCCAUAUUUAUAGAGGAAUUAUCAGCAAUUUCCCAGAUGUUAUCAGUAUACAUAAGACUGCUGUACAGAAACGCAGAGAUUGCGAGAGGCUAGUAAGCGAGCACAAAAUGGAGCCGCAGCAAAUGCGAGAGCUUUCUCAACGAACGGACGUGAUAGCGCGAGCCCUUCUUGCCGAGGAAACGCACUUUCAGAGAGAACAAGAGGUCCAUAUAACUCAAGCUAUGAAAAACCACCUUGCGGAGCAAAUUACGUUUUAUCAGAAGAUCGUGGACAAAUUACGAGAAGCGUUAAACUCGUACGAAGAUUGAAACCGAAGGAUAAUAAUCGUAGAAGGCUUUGCACGCGAUUAUCGGUUUAUAUAAUCCACAAUAUAGAGGAUAUUUAGUCCGAAAUGUACGAAUUUUUAUGAGCUAUACACUACGCGCGAAUUUCUACAAUCGAGAGAAUCUAAUUUUGCGAUUCGAGUACAAGUGAUCGUCGAAUAUAUGUUUAAUUAUCGAUAAGCAAAUGCAGAAGAAUCACGUGAAUUGAAUUAGAGAAGGGGCCAAUAGUUUUGUUUCUUUUUUUCUUUUUCAGAUGUACCAAAAAUCACACGUAUAUAAAGAUAUGAAAAUAUAUUUUCUAUUUAUAGUAUUUUUUCAAUGUACAUUACAGUUGUACAAUCCGGUAUUAUCAAAGCGACUGAGCAAACAGGAAAGAAUGGUAUUAAAAUGGACUGGAAGAGGUGAAGUGUAAUUUUCAGAAACCAGAUAAUCAACAUCAAUUAAGCGAUAUUAUUAAUGAUGCAUAGUAAUAUAUUACAUGUUAAUAUCAAUGUUAAUUUUUCGUGGCUGCUACUUUUAAAAAUUUAAAGGGCUACUUUGUAAUUUAUUCCUUCUUUUUUUUUUUCUUGCACAGGUAUUUUUCAUUGCGAAUGUUAGUUUGAUCGUUAACUCUUUCCUACGAUACAAUUAUAUACAUGUACAUUUCUUUUCGCGUGAUAUUAAUAUGUGCUUGAAAUAUAAGCUAAAUUUUACACGUAGUACAUCCACAUUAAAAACUAAAGAUUAACUAUAA